CGCUCCGGGAUCCUGAAGCACGGACUCGCGGAGAGGAGCAGCGUCGCUUCCUUGCAGGAUUUAUUUGUUUGUGGAAAAAUUUCUCUUUUGUUUUCCGUUCUAGAGCAGCGCGCUUUCCGAAUGCCGACGACUCGCUCGAACGGCCCUCCUCCACUCGCCAGGCUUUGCAUGUGUUGCUUUUGUCCUGCAGGAGAGAAGGCAGGCUUUGUGUUUUGGUGGAUCUAGAGCUGAAGGAGGCAGUGCCAGGCGCUGCUGCUGCUGCUGCUGCUGCUGUGGGCUGGACCGGCCACGGAUGGGAAGGUGUCAGACUGCACUUAAACAGAGUGUUGGGUCCGUGAGGACAGCCAUGUGGAGACCUGUUACAGCUCCGUUGGAAGACACUUCAAGUGAUCUGCCAGUUUGUUUCCCUUAAACGUGGGCUGAAUUUGGAAGUUUGGAUACUUUCCAGUUUGGCAACCCUUAACAGGAUUCGAUUUUGGAUUUCUGUGCUUGUGGAUAUAUGCGUUUAUCCUUCUGGAAUCUCAUGUGCUUAUCGCACUCCGAGCAAAGCCGCAUAGCAUCAGCCGGUUUUGGAAUUUGGAUAAUUGCACACCCCACGUUGGAGUACAGUUAUUGAGCUUCCCAUUACAGGUGUUUGUUUGGAAAUCGUCCGGCAUCCACCCCUGAGCGCGGGCCGAGAGCCUCCUGACAGGAAGUGUUCGGUUGAGUGUGUCAUCUGGUGAAAUGGAUGGCCCGCGGUGCAGCGGGAUCCGGAAAAAGCGGAAGUCUCGAUCGGUGCGGGACCGGGAGCGUGUGUCUAAUGGGAUCAGGAAUAACCACGUCCGGGGCACCGUGCUUCGAUUCUCCUCUGAUUCGGAGAGGGAAGACAGCACCAACCCCUCCUCUUCCUCACGUCCCAGACCACCGAGGAGGAAGAGGAAGGAGUCUACCUCUGCUGAGGAGGACAUUAUUGACGGAUUCUCAAUCUCGGGAUUUAUGACGCUGGAAGCUCUUGAGAAGGACAUGACCCUGAAGCCCCACGAGCGGAGACAGAACCAGGCAGGACCGCUUCGCAAGAAGAAGCCCGGCCGAGUGCCGAACGGGCUGAGCUUAGACCUGCACAAGGACCGACUCAACCACAGCAACCACCAGCACCACCACUCUGACCAGGAGAACAACCCACGUCUGGCUCAUACACACAGCAAGAAGAAGAAAUACCUGCAGAAGAAACACAGACCUCUGAAGCCGGGCCAGAACAACUGUAAAGAGAGCGACAGCGACAGCGUGAGCGGAGAAUCCAAACCCUCCAUCCGGAGCAGCUCCAGAGAUAGACUGACAGACUGUGACAGCGAGAGUGACCAAGAAGACAAGGGCUCAGAUGCCAGCUCAGAGAAACUCUUCAGCACAGCUGCAGUUAAAGUUCCAGAUUUUAGCGUUGACACGCUCUCCACCAAUGCCAGCCAGGAGCUGCGAGGCCUGGGCAUUCCCAAGGUGUCAGGCCUAGAGCGCAGUCAAGAGAAGAGCCAGGAGACGUCCCGUGAACUCUCCUCGGCCACCCCCUCAUUGGUGCCCACAUCUCAUCCCAAACCUCCCCUCCCCGCCCCCCUUCACGUCCAGCCACCCCCCUCCAACAGGGGGUUACCCUUGCCCCCAAGCCCAGCCCAAACCCAGCACCCUUGCCCAGAGCGUCCACUGAGACCGCUGUCACCCCCUACCACCCUGCCUCAAACCCAGGGCCAAGAGCCCUCUCAGGCACCCCCAGCCCAACCUCAGCACCCACCUGAGCCCCCGCCUCAUCCAAGGCCACCUCGAACUCCAAGCAUCUACCACCACCCCCCAUCACCAGCGCUACCGACCCAGCAGAACCCCACCCAACCUGUGCAGCACAGACCACCCUCACGGUGCCAUCCGCGCCCAAUCUCGGCCUACAGCGGAAGCCUUACCCUCAACGGCCUGAGCAGCAGUCGAAGCAGCACUCCAGGGAAGCCCCCGGGCCCCUCUCCAGCCCCUCAUCUGCACCAUCACCAACCUGCCCCAACUGGGGCAGCGGCCUCCUUCCCCCUGCCCCUGCCGGCAAACCCCACGGCUUCGCACACCUUCCCCCCCUCCCUGCCACCCUCCACUCUUCCUCAUCACACCAAUAUGUUUGCGUCGCCUGCUGCUCUGCCUCCACCUCCUCCUCUCACCUCAAACACUCUGCCGGUCCCUGGACACCCAGCUGGGAGUGCCUACUCAGAACAAGACCUUCUCCGGCAGGAAUUAAACACUCGUUUCCUGGCGUCUCAGAGUGCUGAUCGCGGGGCAUCACUGGGCCCCCCUCCAUACCUGCGGACUGAGUUCCACCAGCACCAGCACCAGCAUCAGCACCAGCACACACACCAACACACACACCAGCACACCUUCACCCCUUUCCCCCACGCCAUCAUGCCCACGCCUGCACCGCCCAUGGUGCGUACCCCAGCCAGAAAUUUCGACAAAUAUCCCACUAAAGUUGACCCCUUCUACAGACACAGCCUGUUCCACUCUUACCCCCCAGCGGUGUCUGGCAUUCCGCCCGUCAUCCCACCAACGGGGCCCUUCGGAUCUCUGCAGGGAGCGUUCCAGCCCAAGACCUCAAAUCCUCUAGACGUGGCAGCCAGGCCUGGAGCCGUCCCACACACACUCCUUCAAAAAGACCCUCGGCUGACAGAUCCGUUCCGGCCGGUUCUCAGGAAACCAGGAAAGUGGUGUGCUAUGCAUGUUCAUAUAGCCUGGCAAAUCUACCACCACCAACAGAAAGUAAAGCAGCAGAUGCAGGUUGACCCACACAAGCUGGACUUUGGCCUCAAACCAGAGUUCCUAAGUCGACCCCCAGGCCCCACCCUUUUUGGAGCUAUCCAUCACCCUCACGACUUGGCACGACCCGCAUCGCUCUUCUCAGCAGCAGGGGCCACACAUCCCUCAGCUGCACCUUUCGGACACCCUCCACAUCAUCCUAGCAAUUUUCUUACCCCAGCACCCCACUUAGAACCCUUCAACAGGCCGCCUUCGUUUGGAGGUCUGGCCUCAUUAAGCACUGCAGCCUUUGGUGGGCUGGGAAACCCAGCACUCGCAUCCAACUCUGUAUUUGGCCACAAAGAUGCACCCAGCGCACAACAGCACUUCAGCGGACCCCACGAGCCAUGGAACAGACUCCACCGGACCCCGCCGUCCUUCCCCACCCCACCUCCCUGGCUGAAACCUGGAGACCCUGAACGAAGCGCGUCUGUCAGCUCCCAUGAGAGAGAACGUGAACGAGAGAGAGAACGAGAACGGGACAGAGAGAGAGAACGUGACCUGGACAAGAGGGAUUCAUCAGUCAACAAGGAUGAUAAAGAGCGGGAACCUGCGGAAAAGAGGCACCAGAAUCACCAAUCUCCGAUUCCUGUGAACCCCCUCACUCUGAUGAGUCACACACGGUCGUCUGAGCCUUCCCGGAACCACAUCCCUUCUAGUGAGUCUCGGGACAAGGACAAGUCCAAAGAUCGCGAGAGAGAGCGAGAUCACUCGGACUGGAAAGACUCCAACACAGAUGAGCACAAGGUGAAGGAGAAUCACCACAGUGACAAAGACACUCCUGUCAUCCACGACGGCCGAGUUUCUGAAGACAAGCCGGCCAAUCGGGUUACAGCGUCACCCUACAUGCGGCCAGGCGGCUUAGAUCGGGUGAAUGGCGGGCUGACUCGAGAUGUGUUAGAGAAGAAGGCCGAUAUCACCUAUGAGAAGAAAAACAGUGAGAUAAAGGUGAAAGAAGAGAGGAAAGAGGAACAGGAUGGUCCCACGGAAAGAUCCCCAGAACAACGAUCAACACCGCAAGCACCUCCUCCCCCUCCUCCUCCUCCUCCUGCUGCUCUCCACCCUCCAUCUUCAAUGCCGGUACCCAUGGGCAUGGCCGGUAUGCAUCCCAUAAACAGUAUCAGUAGUCUGGAGAGGACUCGUAUGGUGGCCCCGUUCAUGGGUAUUAGUCCCAUCCCAGGGGCAGAGAGGUUCCCCUAUCCUGCCUUUCACUGGGAUCCAAUGAGGGACCCUUACCGAGGACUCGAUAUCCACCGGAGGGAUCCGUUAGCUCGGGACCUGCUACUGCGGAAUGACCCUCUGCACCGGUUAGCAGCACCGCGGCUUUACGAGGCAGAGCGCUCGUACCGGGACCGCGAGCCUCAUGACUUUAACCGAGACCACCCUCACGGGCUGACCCUGGAACAGCGGCGGGAACAAGAGCGAGCGCACCUAGAGGAGCGGGAACGUCUGCAUUUGCUCCGAGAAGACUACGAGCAGGGGCGUCUGCACGCGAUGCAUCACCCCGCUUUAGACGGACACCUCCCACACCCGGGUCUCAUGGCCCCUGGACUUCCCAGCAUGCACUACCCCCGUGUAAGCCCCUCCUCUGCCGUGGCUGCCCAGAAUGGAAUCCUCAACAAAACCCCUCCCACCGCAUCGCUCAGUGCCCCACCUCCUCUUAUCCCAACUCUGGGAGCGCGCUCCACGUCUCCCAGACGGACUACCCCACUCGGCACUGACAUUAGAGACAGACCCCCCUCACACACACACAAAGACAUUGAGGCGCGGUGAGACCCCCGGUGGACUGUCAUGGAACUCAAAAGCAAGCACUUGAGGCUGUAUCAUAUCUGUGUAUAGAUUGUGCAUUACUGAUUGUUUUAUUUGUGUUGAGUUUUGUUUUUGUACAAAAGACUGAGAUUUUUUCAUGCUCUUUUAUCCCGUUCGCUCCUGCAUUGAUGUGCAUUCUUAAACAUGUACAGUACACUGAUCUCGAGCAAGUAGACGAGCGCUAGAUCUCCGACAUGGAAAGAUGAUCUUGGAAUGUACAGGUACCUCAGUACGUUGCGAAAAGGCAGAACUUGUAGAUAUGUGUAAAGUUGGUGUGUUUCUCUCCUUGAGGAAAAAAAAAUUUAAGGUACAAAUAUGCAAAUGGGUGUUAUGAAAGCUUUACUUUAAAAUGCUGUACAUAGUGGGCAGUGAUCAAAAGGAGAGCGAGCGAGCGCACAGGCUCUGGUUUUAGUUUAAUGCUGCAUAUUAAUGGUUUGGAAGGAUCAUAUUGUCCAAGAGACCACAUCCCUUCUUUCAACUAUGCAACUCUUGCGUGGGCUCUCUCUCUCUGUAUCAUUUUUCUCUUCUCUAGAGGACAACCAGUCUCUACUGUACCGUCUCAACAGUACAUGCUUACACAUUACUCGGAUCGUGAUUGUUCCUAAAUGGAGGUUUUCAUGUUUUACUCACACAUAUGACGUUCCCUAACUUUUGAUCCAGAAACAUGCUUUUGAUCUUCAAGCUAUAAAGAUCUGUGUCGACAAUCCUUACAAAUACACCAAUGUUCUAAGAAGCUAACAAAACCUAAAUUCUCUGAAUAAAUUACCUCUAAAUCAAAAGCAAAAAUUACAACACGUCCCAUCAUGUCAUGAGAAGUCUGAGUACAGAAAGCAGGACAAUUCUCUAUUGGUCUAGCUGUGUUUUAAAGUGUUAUGUAUCUACACAAUGAUAAAGCGAGUUGUAAGCUAUGGACAGUUUGUUUUUAUUGAGCAGAGAUCUAUUUUAGUAGUCCAUGGGAGGGAUAGUUGUGCGCUUUUAAACUCUGUGAAAUUCUAAUGUUGUGCAGUGUUUUUUUUUUUUUUUUUCUUUAAUUUUCUCUACUUUUUUUUUUUUUAAUCAAACAUUAAAAUGUCCACUGAAGCAGUAGUGGGUAGUCAAUACGUAUUGCAAAGAGAUUGUAAGAAACUUUUUUGCUGUUUAUCAUGUACGUAAAAAAAUGAAGUCCUUUCUAGAUCAUGUACAAAAAAAGGGUGAGGCGACAGCAUGCUCCUCAGUUAAACUUGUGUUAUGUAAAUUGUGCCAUGUUAUUAAAAAAUGUGAACUAAUCCUG